AUGCUGUCCUCCACUCUCCAUGUCCUGCGAAGUGGUCUGGCCGUCCCGAAUCCACGUUGGUUCUAUUCUACCCGGACCAUAUCCUUGACAGGGGCGAUUGAAAAAGGGAUCAGAGAGGGCCAGUACAGCGCAAGCAAGCACGAAAGCCGCUACACAGACCAUCGAAACAGGAAGCACACAGUAGGAGGCCUAACCCGAACAGAUUUCGGUAACAAAGCACGUUAUUUACCAGAACAAAGGAGGCGCGGAACAGCCCAAACCAAAGAAGAUGCCACACCCGAGCAGUUCGAGGGUCAGAUGCCGGCACCAGCAUCUAUUCCCUACACAACAGCAAGCUCCGAAUUCAUAUACGGGACAUUUUCUGUCCUGGCUGCCCUAAAAGCCAACCGCCGCAAGGCCUACAAGCUAUACCGACUCCAGUCCCAGACGGAAACCUCUAUGGGAAGAGAGGACAAAGAGACCGGAGAAAAAUGCCUACGGUAUAAUAAUGACGUUCAGAAGGAAAUCUACCGAAUUGCCAAAGAUACAGGGGUGGAGGUGAAGAAUAUAUGGGGAAGUGAGUGGGACAAAUCUCUAGCCAAAGUGACAGGCGGACGACCACAUAAUGGUUUGGUCCUGGAAGCUUCUCCACUGCCCAGACUCCCCGUCACCAGCCUGUCAGCCGUGAAAUACUCAUCAGACGACGUUGUUGCGACUCUGGGAUGGGCAUCACGGGAAGAGCAGGAGCUCAAUAGUGUCUUUGAGAUAUCUGAAGGCACUGCACUUAUUCCUUCUUCCCGACCGUGUUACCGCUAUCCCUUCAUGCUGCUGCUUGACUGCAUUACCGAUACCGGCAAUUUCGGUGCCAUCGUGCGGUCUGCUUGGUUUCUGGGGGUCGACGCAGUACUUGUUCCCGAACACGGGACAGCUUCCGUUUCAGCCAACACUCUGAAAGCCUCAAGCGGAGCGCUUGAGUACCUGCCCAUUCUUUCCGUGAAGAACGAAAGAGAAUUCGUCAAGAAGUCGCGAAAGCAAGGCUGGAAGUUCUUUGCCUCUGUUGCACCUGAUAUGGAUCAGAGCCAAAAAGUUUUAGGGCGCAAUAGUAGUCCAUUGGUGGAUGUCGAAGGAGCGUUGUUGAAAUAUCCGUGUGUACUCGUCCUGGGCAACGAAGCUACCGGUAUUCGACCAUUUAUGAGAAAUCUUGUGGAUGGCAUGGCCGGAAUCCCGAACGCAAGACCAGAGGUUCGGGAAAUUGAUAGUCUCAAUGUCAGCGUAGCUGCGGCGUUGAUGACUCAGAGGUUUUUUGCUUCGGCUCCUGCAGGUGCUACCCAGACCUGA